GAGCGCGGCGCCCGUGACGUAAGCGGCAGGUCGCCCGCGCAUGCGCGGUGCCCCGCUGCGCCAGAUACGAAAACAAAAGGCGGGCGCAUCUGCUGCUUCCUGGCGCGCAUGCGCGCACGGCGGUGUAGCGGGAGUCGCGGAGCGUCACAAAUAGAACUGCUUUGGAGGGACAACGCCCCCCCCUGGCCAGAAGCGCUGGGACUAAAUCGGUCGCAGCUCCGCGCUGCCAGUUUAAUGUGUGUGGCCGCCGCGUCAACAACGACGUGCGUGCAUGCGAGUGCGUGUCUGAUGUGCUGCGCGCCGCGAAAGAAACCGAAAUUCGAAGGAGCAUUUGAAGAAGAGGCACCAGUCGCGCGUUAGCGCUAGCGCAUGCGCAGUAAUGAUAUUCGGCAGUUCGAUGGGGCAGGUGAACGUGUAAUCGCUGUCCGGCAUUUGUCUAGGGCGCAUGCGCAACAGUGAUACUCGGCAGUUAGAUGGGGCAUCUAAAGGAGCAAUAGCGAUCUAGCGUUUAUCUACAGCGCAUGCGCAUUAGCUACGAAGCACGGAUGUGACACCGAAUCACUGUGUCUAUUAACUUUCUUUCCUCCCGCCAGCGUAACAUUGCAGGUCAACCAUUUAUUCGUUCUCUUUAUCCACUCUCUCGAUUCCUUUGGAGAGCUUUUGAAAAAGACAAGCGAAGCUGGCGCUGCGUUCUGUAAGGCGACGAGCGAAAUUGAAUGAGCACAAUUUUGGACGAUAAAUUAAAAGUCUCGACAGUAGCGUAUACUGAGCUACAAAAUUUAAUUUUUCUUCUCUGUUUUUUGAUGAUAUACCUUCUAAAGACAAAUUUGAUUGUACGUAUAACGUAAAAAUUGCUACGCAAAUCGAUGCUGAGAAACUAUCUGCUCUAAUGUGGAACUUUUUAACCACCUAGGGGGGAAAGCACUUUUUCACAUUUUCUUUCGCAGCCACAGUGUUUUCGCUUCCUUGUCACUGAUCCACAAAUCUCUUCUCCUCCACAUCUUGGAAAAAGAAAGGAGAAAGAAAAAAUUCUUAGUGAAGAACUCAACAAAAAUUGCCGCGUAAUGUGUGGGGAGAAAGAAGUUAUUUUCGCUGAAAGCAUUACAGCCAAUCCAGUAGGCCAGACCUACCGAAACUUGCUUUGAAGCUUUGCAGUGCCAUCUUCACCUCUGGUGCUUGUGGAUAUCAACACAUUUCUGCGAGCACCAGUUGUCAGGACAUGUGAAAGAGCGAUGGUGAUUAAUUAGCGCGUCGAGAGUGCUAAAUGGAGUUUGCGAGCGUGGACUGACGGAAUACACUGUAGCCCGACUCGGAACACAACAGUGAGCUACGAAAAUAAAUGUUGGUGUGAUGAGAAGGACAGAAGACUGGAAAGCAGGCAGGGAAAGAACUGAGCGAGAAGCAAAAGAAAAUGCACCAAGUGAAUAUAUUGAAGAACUAUGCGUGGCUGCAUGCGGAUCACGUAAAAGAUUUCGCAACUACGUCAAGGACGUCAUCUGGGCAAUCUUAGAUGUGGACGAAGACUGCUGAAAGAGAAGCAGGUUGAGAAGAGGAGCCCGGGUUAAAAGAAGUGCAAAGAGAAGUGGGAAGCUAAGAGGAAAGCCGCCUGCAAUUUUUCGACAUAAAUCACUAUUCGAAUUUGUUAUGGCUAGCAACCAGUUACGUCCACUGACACAAGUUGAAAUAGAAAGCACCCAAGAAAUGGCGGCGUAUUGUUUGCUUUGAAAUUACAUAUUCUGAAAUACUACCUGCUCUUGGUAAGUUUUUAAUAUUGAUAGGUAUGAACAUCCUAAGUGCAUUUCAUUAUCUGAACACUUUGGCACUGAAUGAAUCUGUAAGAUAUUAGUAGGUAAGCUAGACAAGUGCAACUGCAUCUAGACGAUAAUAUCCUUUGUGGUAUGUAUGAAGAACACCUGGAAGCUAAAAAGUGAGUGAAGAACAAUUUCAAAAAUGUGUAAACCAACGUAGCAAGUUUCGAAGCUAUCAUGCGAAAAUUGUGAGUUAAUUCAAACAGCUGAUCAUGUGAGAUUCCAGACUGGAAAAGAAUAUAGAAGAUCUCAAAGGUCAUCAAACAUUGAACGUAAAACUUGCAUUAUAACUAUCACCUAAAACUCCUGUCGCGAAAGACAUUAAGGAUUCACUGCCAAGAAACUGGAUGUGUGGAUAGCAAAUUUUCAGUCAUUGGGAAAAAAUGCUUUAUGUUAAAUGAAGAUGCAAUGCUAUAAUACAUUUGCUGCAGCUGAAAACCGGAUUUUAGUCGUGUACAUACCAUGAGGAUAUUAUGCUGGUGAAAAACCUCAUGUGAAGCAAUAAAUCAGAUGUGUAAUUCUUAAAUCAGUCUUGUGCAUUUUGAGGACGUAAUGGAGUAAUUUCAACAUCUGUUUGUGAUACCGGUUUGUAUCAAGAGGAUAUAAAAUAACUAUUUGGAAAAAGUACGUGAAAUCCACCUCGUUCUCGAGGAAAGCCAAGGUUACUUGAAGAACUUUGUGGCGUACGUUCAAAAAGAACUAGAAUGAUUGAAGGUCGGUUGUGUAGCUGCAUACAUUAAGCCAGUAAUAUCGACAAGAACGACAAAAUUCAUUGAUGUAACUGGGGCAUUUUCAUACUUCUAGGGUAGACCCGCCACAGUAUUUAAAAUAGAUUCAGUGUUGUAGAUGGAGUUUUGAGUGCACAACUGAAGUUCCUGAAAGCUGUCUCAAUAGCUGGUAACAGAAGAACAAUUUCUGUUAGGCCUCAAGAGGAUAUAAAAUAAUUAUUUGGAUAAAGUACUUGAAAUUCAUCUCAUAUUCGAGUGAAUCCAAGGUUAUUUGAAGAACAUCGUGGUGUACAUUCAAAAAGAACUAGAGUGAAUGAAGAUCGGUUGUGUAGCUGCAUAUAUUAAGCCAGUAAUAUCGACAAGAACAACAAAAUUCAUUGAUGUAACUGGGGCAUUUUCAUACUUCUAGGGUAGACCUGCCACAGUAUUUAAAAUAGAUUCAGUGUUGUAGAUGGAGUUUUGAGUGCACAACUGAAGUUCUGAAAGCUGUCUCAAUAGCUGGUAACAAAAUAAUAAUUUGUGGUAGGAAGCUUUUGCAACAAGAAAGUUGGGUGCAAUAUGACGAAGGAGAAGCGAUGGUGGCGCCGCUCUGUGCCCUGGUGGGCGCGCCAGCGAACCUCCACCUACCAGUCACGUGAGGGCGACGGCAGCGCCACGACGGACAGCGCCAGAGUUGGGGAUGGCGCCUCCAGCGCCCCCAGCGGCGGGGCAUCUCCACCACCAGGAAGCGUAGCUAGCUUCGGGUCCGGCUCUGGCAGUAGGAGAAGCACCUCGGCCAGCCCAGCGAGGGACGAAAUGGCCCAGAUGCCCAACAUAAACUUCUCCUUCUUCGGCAACAGCAAGGAAGACCUCGACAGAGACAGCCAGAUAUCUCCGGGAGAUCCUCAGGCGACUGUGACGACAUUCCGAACGUCGGUCAGCCUAGAACUGGGACAGACCGUUCCACUGGGGGACGACCCACCAGAGAUCAAAAUACCAGAGUAUGCCAAGGUGGUGAAGAAUUCCAAAAACGGCACAAGUCUGGUGGAGCCGCCGCGACUGAGGAGCAAAACGAUGCCGAGCUCUGUGGACUUCUGUAGGGACAACCAGCGCUACUCGAACUGCUUUCCCGGGUACGAGGAAAUCGGCUCCUUGAGACAGGUGUCGAAAGUGACCGACACCGAGUGCUCACGUCCGGGGUCCUCUAUGAGCAGCCGGACGGUCCCAGAAGUUUCCCAAAGUGUGACGUCUAGAGCUGGAUUUAGUCACCUGUCGGCAUCUCUCGAGGGUAGAAAGGCGAGCUCGCCAUAUUUGAACGUUGCUGCUUCAGGAGACAGAGGUUACGAUAAUGACGACGGACCUGAUUAUGAGGAGUUGAAGGUGUCACCAGUUUUCCAACAAACUCGGCAAGAAGUGACCGACGGGGCGCAGUACGAGAGACUGGUACUCGCCGACGGACCUGAACGGGAGACCGAUCUAACGGCAGAGGCACGGCCCGACCCACCAGAAGUACCUCAGCGGGUUCCGAAUGCAACAGAAGGCCGCACUGGAGAGAAACGUACAUUGGCGAAUGCUGCCGACAAAGUUAACGGUCUUUCCCAAUGGACACUCCGGUAUGGUACCACCGUGCUGCAAAAGUUGAGGAGGCCAGGAAAGGCUGCAAGCAAGAUAGCAGUGCCUGAUGAUACCACAUCUAAUGGGGCCGAAACUUCAAAUGGUGGUAGUGGACAACCAGCUGGUGAGGAUCAGCCUUCUCUGUACGAGAUACCGCGGAGUCACACAAAGGUGGUUAUAAUGCAGACGAAUGUGGCGUCAGUCACAGUCCCAAACGGCAGUUCAAGUAAUACACGAGAGUGUGGUGAUGCCGAACUGCCUUGCAGCAAUCAGGAGACGGCUCAUCUAUAUGGUAAUGCAGACAAUGCUGCCAACUAUUCUAAGGAAGUUGGAGAUGGAGGUACGAAAGUAGACAGAGGUGGUCUACUGCAGAGUGAUGUGGGGAAAAACCUUGGAAGGUACACCAAUAUAACUGAAGACUUCGUGGCCGGUGUGAGGUCACCGAAGGGAGGUAAGUCUGAGGGCUGCUCUGAUGAAGUGGAGAAGAGUGAGGUGCUUGGAGGGAUUGAUGUGGGGAAGUGUGAUGAGGGAUCACAGAAAUUGGUGAAAGUGUGUAGGGGUGAGGGGGAGAUUGUGGAAGAUAGUGGAGAAAGUGUAAAAGAGGCCGAGCAGCGUUGUGUGGUAGUGAAGGUGGUGACGAUUGCAGGAAAGAGAGUGGCAGAUGGCGAUGUGGAUCAGAAAGAGGCGAAGUGUGCUGGGGAGGAUGUAGCAGAAUCGAAAUUGGACGAGUUAGGUGCGGGAAUCGCCGGCGCGGUUCGGAAGGAGCCGGAGUCGGCCGGGGAGUUCCCGAAAGAGCCGAGAACGGGUGAGGUAGGUCCGAAGGCGGCCGACACCGACCGGGAAGAGCCGAAGUUGGCUGGGAAAAGCCAGACGGAGCCGGAAAUGGCCGAAGACGGGCGGGAGGACACGAAAGCUGCCGACGGUUCCCAGAAAGGCCGAGAGAAGUUCGGGACCGAGCGGAACUUGGCGGAUACCGACGGGGAGUCGACGAAAGCGGUGUUCUCGAGUCGCGAAGGCUCUGCGGAGACGGAAGGCGACACGGAGGCGUACAAGUCGGCGUCCCGCAGCCCGGACGGCGCCUGCUGGGAGGACAGCGGCGACUACGAAAGCCUGACGGUGACGUCGACCGGCGACUACGAAGACCUCGAGUACUGCGAGUUCCGGCUGGGAGUCCGGGCCGGGGGCGGCGCCGGGGGCGGCGUCGCGGGCGGCCGCGUCCGGCGCACGCUGCGGGCGGCGGCGUGA